ACAUAAAAUGAUAAGUGUGUACACACUGGUCAUUUCAAUAGUGAGCACGUGGAAAAACAACUACAAUUGGUUGGAAGAUUAUUAGUGAAAAAUAAAUAAAUUCCUCCAAUUAUUGGCAUAUUUAAGCCUUAAAUAUGACGACUCUAUAUGUUCUGUAUGAACAUGCAGCUGGGUUCUCACUCUUCUCCGUUAAGGAGUUCGAGGAGGUGUCAAUGUUCCUGCCCCAGGUGGAGUCCUCUGUGACAGACAUAGCCAAGUUCAAUUCGAUUGUGAAGUUGGCUGGCUUCUCGCCCUUCAAGACGGCCAUUGCAGCCUUGGAGAACAUCAAUGCCAUAUCCGAGGGCAUUGUGCCACAGGAUUUGUUACAUUUUCUUGAUGAUUUCUUUUCCAAAUUGAAGAAGAAGAAGUGCACGCUGGGCAUAGCGGAUGCCAAGUUGGGAGCUGCCAUUACUGAAUCCAUUGGCGUCCAGUGUAGCCACUUUGGAGUGGUACCAGAGAUUUUGCGUGGAGUGCGCUUCCAUUUCGCCAAAUUGGUAAAGGGAUUCACAGAUAAGUCUGCUGGCGUAGCUCAACUGGGUUUGGGACACAGUUACUCCCGUGCCAAGGUUAAGUUCAAUGUGAAUCGUUCCGAUAACAUGAUUAUUCAAUCGAUUGCACUGUUGGAUCAGUUAGACAAAGAUGUAAAUACCUUCUCCAUGCGUAUACGCGAAUGGUAUUCGUAUCACUUCCCAGAGUUGGUGAAAAUUGUUCCCGACAACUACAUGUUCGCCAAGGCCGCUAAAUUCAUCAAGGAUCGCAAAAAUCUUACACAAGAUAGUUUGGAUGAACUUGAAAAGAUUGUCAUGGAUUCGGCCAAGGCUCAGGCUAUUAUUGACGCUGGAAAAAUGUCCAUGGGCAUGGACAUUUCAAUUGUCGAUUUAAUGAACAUUGAAUUGUUCGCGGAGCGAGUGGUUAAACUAUCAGAAUAUCGCAAAAAGUUGUCUACUUACCUGCACAACAAAAUGAAUUUGGUGGCCCCCAAUUUGCAAUCGUUGAUUGGAGAUCAGGUUGGAGCUCGUCUCAUAUCACAUGCCGGUAGCUUAACAAAUUUGGCUAAAUAUCCAGCGUCGACAGUACAAAUUCUGGGAGCAGAGAAAGCUCUCUUCCGGGCACUUAAGACACGCUCCAAUACGCCCAAAUACGGAUUGAUCUAUCAUUCCUCGUUCAUUGGUCGUGCCGGACUAAAAAAUAAGGGACGCAUUUCCCGUUUCCUGGCCAACAAGUGUUCGAUUGCCUCCCGUAUUGAUUGUUUCCUGGAGCAGCCAACAAGUGUGUUUGGUGAGACCCUGAAGCAACAGGUGGAAGAUCGUCUUAAGUUCUACGAGUCGGGUGAUGUGCCACGCAAGAACAUUGAGGUAAUGAAGGAGGCUAUUGAAGCCGCCGGACAGGAAAUAGCAUCUGGAGCAUCAGAUGCCACACCACAAUCUGAGAAAAAGAAGAACAAGAAAAAGAAGCGUCAAGCUGAAGAUGAAACCGAAACGAAUGGCACAAGCAAUGGUAAUGGCAAUGCCCUCGAGGCUGAAGCCGAAGCCGAAAAUGGUGAUGGUGAGCCCAAGAAGAAGAAGAAAAAGAAGAACAAAAACAAACAAGCUGUGGAAGCGUAAUCACCUGUCCGACAGUUCUCUUCCUCUUUAUGCCACAAUAUUCAGGCUUAGUUUUAGGUUUCAAAAAGCUAUCGUUUUACCUUAUGAUAAUAUUCUUGUACUUUCUUUAAAUUUCGCAAAACCUUUUAUUAUAUCAAUAAAAUACUUUAUUGACGGUAUUCCACCAAAA